GGGGCACGCGGGCAGAGGGCGCGGCGGGGGCUCAGCCGCUCGCCGGGACGCGGGAGGGCGCGGGGACGCGAUGCCGCCCGCGCUUUGCGGAGCUGGGCUGCGCCGCCGGGGCUGAGCCGCCUGCGCAGCGGCCGCCGGGCGCGCCCGCUGCGCGGGAGGAUGGGCUGCGGCGGGAGCCGGGCCGAUGCCAUCGAGCCCCGCUACUACGAGAGCUGGACCCGCGAGACCGAGUCCACCUGGCUCACGUACACAGACUCGGACUCGCCGCCCAGCGCCGCCGCCGCGGACAGCGGCGCCGAGGCGGGCGGCCUGCACGCGGCUCUGAGCAUGAGGCUGGCACCCAGUGAGAACCCACAAAUGUACGCCGGAAGAGGGGCUGUCCUCCAAGGGUGUUCCCCGACCUGCAGCCCCAGGUGGAGUGCCCAACCCAGAGAAGAAGAUGAGUUGUGGGACCCAGUGCCCGAAUCCCCAGAGCUUCAGCUCAGGAGCUCUGACCCAGAAGCAGAACAGCCUUCGGACUGUGGAGUGACAAACAUCGUGCUGACUACCUUAUAUGCAUUACCUUAUUUAAUCCUUACAAAAACCUUGUGAGGCUAAAAGAGAUGCUAAGCAAAUGUCUGCAAAAGAAGUCACCAUUAAUGUUACGAACAGCAUCCGACAGGUGGACAGGAGUCGAAGAAUCACAAAGAACUGUGUCAACUAGCAGAGUAUCCAGCUGCCAGGGCAGGUGGACUGCUUUGACCCCCUUCAUGCACUGCAUCCCAUCAUGGAACCUGGAAGAAGCGGGUGCCCCUUGCUGAACGUGAACACUGCUGAGUGCCUUGAGAGACUGUCAUGCCUGGCAGCCAACAGCCGGCUGCCUGAGCCGAUGGGUCGUUCACAGCUGCCUACUGAUUGCCUGAAGUGCUGGCGCAGUACUCGCACUUGGUAAUAAACCACCAGUGUUCCGUUCAGUUCGCCUCUUUGCGACUCCUGCAAUGCGGUCUGAUGGAAGAGCGGUGAGCGAAAGCCACAGGCCAGUGUAUGAAACAGAGGAAAGCAGGUUCCCUAGGAGAGAGGGUCACUAAGUUUGCUGGCCACGGGAGCAUGCGCUGUCUCAGGCAGGCUUGUGCUCUUGUUCUUUUCUUUUGAAUACCACCAUCACAAAGCCUGUGGUCACUUAGAAGUUGACUUUCACCAAACUCCAAACCCAAAUCUAUGAGAAAUCAAGAAAUGGGAAAACUCCCUGUUUUCUUGUUUUCUUAGCUCAGUGUGAGACAGAUUCAGAUCCAGUUUCACUCAAACUAAUGCCAUAGCACCCAUGGUGACUUUGGGAGGUCUCUAUAAUGCAGUCACAUCCGUUUCUCAUUUGGUCAGUGUCCCCCAAGCCAGCGUCCUUGGCAGCUUCUGAACCAUGAUACCGUGGCCACUGUUGUUAAUGCAUUCAGAGCCUAGGACAGCCCUCAGGGCUCAGCCAGACAUGGCAUUCUUCAUAGCUCCCUGGGCCGCUUUGCUUCUAUUCUUGAAUGUUUUCUCUUUCCAGACAGGUCAUUUGCAAUUGUUAAUCAAAGACGGACACCACUCACCCAGGGAGGUACCCUGGAAUGUGUUGGCAGCACAUACACUUCCCUUUGGCCUCUCUGACCACAGCCCCAGGCUAUGUCAUAGGUAUCUGCAAAGAAUCACUUCAGAAAGCCAGCACCUGGUGAUGCAUAUUCACACUGACAUGAGAUUGAUGUGUACUGUGUUAGAAAUCAGAGGCAGUAAAAAAAUGUUUCGAUAGGAAUGACAUUUUCUAACAUUUCUUUAAACAUGUUGAGGUGGGAGUAUUUUCCUCUGAAGUCAUGUAACAUGAUUUUUACAGGACUGUUAAGAUGCCUGAGAUGGGAAAGGUAGGACUACGGUUGUACCAAACACUACCAAUAAACUCUGUGCUUACCAGAAGUGGGCAGCCUAAUGGUGUGUGUUUAUAUAACACAGUCCAGAGAAUUGACAUGAGCAGGUUAAAAUUCAGAUACUCGUCCUCCUUACUGGUCAAUUCUGUAAUUCCUCAAACACAAGUGAGUAGUGUCCUUCCUUCCUUCCUUUGGUAGAUUGUAUAUUUACUCAUGAAACAUUAAACACCAGCCCUGUGUCAGGCACCUCACGGAUGCUGAGAGAUUUGGAAUCUGGCCAGUCCCACUGGUGUAUCCUGACUCUAACAGUGGACCUAAUCACCAGGAAGUUAACUUACACCCAAGGUAUCGUGAGUGCUGUGAGUUGUUCUGGAAUGGAAUCCCACUUUUAUAUUCCAGGUAAGGUUUCUGUCUUAAAUGCCACAUCUGGGUGUUCUCCGCAUCACUAUACAAGCCUUUAUCAUACGUGAAACCAGUUUCCCAAAUGUCUGUCAUUUUGUGAUUCUUUGAGAAAGGGCUAUUAGGGAACUUCAUGUUCUAAAAAUUUUUUUAAUAAUAACACAAAUAAAAGCAAAACCUGUGACUCACACAUCCCCAGUGGCAUUACUCAGCAGGAGCCCCCAGCUGCCAAAGGCCGGCGGUUCUGCACAUCGAAGGGCUCACUGUCCCAGGGCACACGCAUUUGUGUGUGGUGGUCUUUCGCUGUCACUGUGCUGUCGGUCACGACCCAGGCCUAGUGUCUCUUUUCUACCUUGUUGCAUCAUUUAACUCCUGCACAGUGUUUGGAAUUGAUUGACUUGUGAGGGUGACCUUGUUUUAUACAGAAACAGUUUCUCUCUUCUGGGGGAGAAGGGAAUGAAGGACAGAUGUGAUCUGCCCCUCCCUGGGACCAUCUGGAUUUCACUGAGACAGGGCCAGAAGUCAAACCAUGUUACUGGCAAUUUUUUCAUGUGUGUAUGAUAUGGUAACUGAUUCUUACUAUCCUAUUAGAAAAAGACUUUCUAUUGCAAAGUUUGGUCAAUAAAGUCAUCAGUUUCAAACCUA